AUGGAGUCACCUUCCGGCCAGGAGCAAGCCCCUGGUGCGAAGAGGCAGAGAAAGGGAAAGAACACCGAGCCUCCCAAUGAGGAUCCGGACUUCACGCACUGCUGCAUCUACAACGUCAGCCACGCGGAUCUCGUGGUCUGGCUGAACUGGUUCAGCCAAAAAGACGAUGCUGCGUGCGCUAACCCCCGAACUGACGGGCAUAAUCUUGACUUCAUGGACACCAAAAUUGAUACCGGACCCAACAAAGCGGGUGACUUCGUGGAAGCCAAGAGUGGACGUAUGAUGCUGCAGAGAUCGCUGUGCAGGCCAAAGUUCAGUUGCCAGUCAGCGCCCUUCCACGAGGAACUGCGUGCAUAUGAGAAUCACGGAACAAGUGCAGUGGCGUGCUUCCCGCUGCUCACGGUGACGCUCCACAAGUGGCUCACCGGGUUCAACACCAAGACUCCCGAAGAGGCGCUCCGAGCCGCCGCCGCCGCCGCCGCCGCGAACCACAGACAGCCCCGCGCGUCCCAAUCUCAUCAGUGGCCCGGUCCCAGCCUCGCGACGUCCCCGGAGCACACCCCCGCGCGGCGCCCCUCCGCGAACGAGCUUCGCGGCCCCUCGAGCCCACCGCGGGAACCCAAGAUUCGAAGAGUCGUCUACCUGGUCACGGGCUUUGGCGAUCCCGUGGAGGAGUCCCACUCGCCCGAAGCCAACUCCACCGCGGCGACGGCUCGGCUGAUGAAACUGUUCAUCAACCUGACCCACCCGAACGUCGAGGUCAAGCUGGUGGACUCCGGCGCGGGGGUGUUCCGGUACGACGAGAACGUGCGUUUCUUGCAGACGAACCUGCGUCCCGCGUUGGAGAGAGAGCGCGACGCGGUGGCUCGGCGAUGGGGCGAGGAGUGGCCGAAUCGUUUUAAGCUCACGAUGGCGCUGUGCGGCGGUGCACCCGCACGGCUCCAGGCGCUCACCGCCGCGUUCCGCGACAUGCAGCCGUACCUGCUGCACGUGUGGCGGCUGAAGACGUUCUGGCACCAGGGGUUGCUCCGAAGGGACGACGUGGACAUGCAACGGUGGGAGCAGGCGGAGGGGGCGCCGCCGACGAGGUCAACGCCGGAUGCUCUUCGAUCGUUCUUCGCGCCCGGUGGAUUGACGCGACACGAACAGAAGGUGGCGGACGAAGACGCGCGGCUGGUCACCGGCAUGGUCCAGGAGAUGAAGAAGCAUCGCGACGUGUUCCUCUCGAUGUCGCACUCUAAACACGAGCUCGGAGAGUUUUGGCUGCGAAAGACUCAGAAACCCGUGCUCGCCGUGCUGUGCGUCCGCAGGCGCCGGGACGGCCCGGACGACGCCGCUCACGGCGACGCGAAGCCGCAGUACUUCCGAGGCGUGAAUCUUGAGGUUUCCAUGCCCACGGGGUCGCUGUGCAGCGAGCGAAACGCGAUUGGAAACGCGCUCGCCUCGGACCCGGCUCUUCGAAGGAAAGACCUCUUCGGCAUCGCGGUGCUGUCGCUGGGUAAGGGUGACAUAGGCGCGACGAGCGGCGGCGGCGUGGGAGGCGGGGCGAUGUCCAGGGAGUCGUCGUUCGUCAACCUUGCGCAGCUCGCGGCGGGGAACGGCGGAGACGAUCUCUCGCUGUGCCGGCCGGUGACGGGCGGGGGGGGCGGCCGCGGCGACCUCAAUCCGCUGAAACCGUGCGGCGCGUGCAAGGAGUGGCUGCUAAAAAUCGCGGAGGUGAACCCCGGGUUCAAGGUGCUGAUGUUCGGCGACGUGAGCUGCGACGAUGUGUACAUUAAGAACGUCUCGCAGUGCUGA